UCCCGACCCGUGGGAGGACUGGCUUAUAAGUUUGACCCAACCCAGGGUCAAUGCCCGAUUUGCCAUCGCGGGUUCCUCGUCCCAUACUCCCACUCGUAGGACGGAUUUGGUGUAUUAAGUCCUCGCUUCGUGUAGCUCGUUUUCGAGCAAGCUCACAGUCAGCUCUCGCUGCGCGAAUUCCAAAUGUAUAGACGCCCUGCUUCUCCAAGUGAUUGCCUGCGCUGCCAGCUUCUCCGGACUUUCUCUCAAUCAUUUCCACUGGAUAGUUUCCUGAGUCCAAACACAGCUCGGCAAAUUUCUCAUGAAGGACUACAAUUUCAUCAAUGCAGUUGGUGGUUCUGGGAGACCGGGAAUUUGUAGAGAUCGUGUUAUCCUGCUUGAAUUGUUGUUUUCCAGGGCCCCGCCGACGAUCAGUCGUUGGACCGUGUUAAAACCUUCAGAACAGGAAAAUUCUUCGGGGAAGCUCUGCAGGAACACGAAGUGGUCAAGUUUUAGAGCUAAGCAGGUCACGCACACCAAGAGAAAUUUGGUACCGAUUUCUGUCAUCCAGCUAUGGGGUGCCUCAAAUUCUUAGCAGUCUGGAACAAACAUUUGGAUAGAAUGAAAUACAGACGGUGAUUGAGCUCAUUCGAGCAUUCCUCAUCGGCAUUCACUGCAGCUGUCUCGAACCAUACCCGGCGAAGGGGAAGGAUGAAGACUUUGAUGAGGAGUUUAGGGUGGGCAGUUUUGUGUAUCCAUCUGAUAUGGCAGCUCGGAGGAGCCGAAAGUAGCAGGCCCGGGUCCAGGCGGAUGAUGCAAUCAGGUGCGAGACUGCUGGCAGAGAGUCCUGCGAUCGAAGAGUCCUGCCCUCUGGACUUCACUCAGUUGAGCAACUAUCCCUGGGUAGUGCAGACAUGCGAGGACGAGCGCCCGGACGAGGCCACGAAUUCCACCGCCUGCUGCAACGCUUUGCUGUCGGCAAUGGGGCUGGCCGAGUCGCAGUGGCUGAAAGACACGGGCAUUUUUCGUCUGGCCACCACAGACAUCGUCCAGUCGUGCUUGGGAGAGCUGCAAUCGACAUUGGAGGCCCUGGGGCUGGACUACGAUGCGGUCGGCAUGUGCUUCCCGGAGCAGCUCUGGCCGAGGUUCUUGACCAACAAUUCUCUCUGCCUGGGCAUCGAGACGGCCUCUGAUUUCGAGCGCACCGUCGGGGAUGCCAACAUUUCGUCUCUGAGCAGAGGCUGCGCGGGGGACUUGACGGAUCUGCUGGCAUGCAGCGGCUGCAUCAGCGAAAUGAUGAUGGUCUACAACAACCUGAACGCGCAAUCCUCGGCCACCACCAACUCCUCGCAGCUCGACAAUGAAACUCUCGCCACAAAUGUCACCGUGGGCCAAGCAUCGUCCGUCGACGGAAGGUACGUUUCAGACUGUUUCUACGACAUGAUUUUGUACACGGCGGCCAUAGCCACGACUUCGGGGCCUUGGAGUCCGAGCUCUGCCCAGUGCAUAUUGGCCGUGAGUCUGACCAAAGCAGGAGGCGGGAAAUCUCUCAGUGUGACAGAGCUCGUGCUGAUCGGUCUAUCCACAGCCUUCUUGUCGAGCCUGAUGGGAUGCCUGAGUUUCCUUGUCUGGCGGAGGAAGAAGAAGCAAGAGCCCCAUCGAGAUUUCAUCAGCAGGAAUGAGAAGAUGCUCAAGUCUGCUCGACCCAACACGGGCCUGAUCAAGUAUAAUUACAAGGAUAUCAAAGCAGCUACGGGGAAUUUCAGCCAGAAGAAUCUCGUGGGCUCGGGGGGAUUUGGGAGUGUUUACAGAGGGACGAUGGAGGACGGGUUGGAGGUGGCUGUGAAGAGGAUUCACAACUGCACGCCGGAUGGAGAUGCGGACUUUCUGAACGAGCUCGAGAUCAUCAACAGGGUCAGGCAUCGGAACCUCGUGGUUCUGCUGGGCUGCUGCGUGACCAGCACCCCAGAAGACGGCCACCAGCGCCUUCUCGUCUGUGACUUCAUGCCGAACGGAAGUUUGGACCAAUUCCUCUUCGAGCCACAGGACGAGACCUUGCUCAGCUGGUCCAAUCGGCGCAAGAUCGCCGUGGGAAUGGCCAAAGGUCUCUGCUACUUGCACAAUGACACCGUUCCUUCCAUUAUCCACCGAGACAUCAAACCUUCCAACAUUCUUCUGGACGAGAAUCUGAAUGCCAAAAUUGCAGAUUUCGGCCUGGCCCGUCUGAACGAAGCCAUGGGCGGCCAAUGUCCAACCACCGGCAGAGGAAGCGGGACUCCGGGCUAUCUAGCUCCAGAGUAUGCCCUGUACGGGCAAUUGACGGAGAAGAGCGACGUUUACAGCUUCGGAGUGGUUUUGCUGGAGCUUUUGACAGGGAGAAGAGCACUGGAUCCGUCGCAGGAGACGACGCCGAAUUAUGCCAUCACCGAGUGGGUCGCGUCGAUGGUUGGUGCUGGGAAGGUGCUGGAGGUUGUGGAUGAGAGAAUACGAACCGUGGGACCCAAGGAGAAGAUGCAGACUUACGUGCUUAUUGGAGCUAUGUGCACCAACAAUCUGGUUACACUGAGACCCACUUUUAAGGAAAUUUUGAAGUAUCUGGAAGGCGAGCUUCCUCUUCCCACCAUGUGGUACCGGCCCAUGCCCGGUCAUCGCUUCAGCUCACACGAUUGGCCCGACAACGAAAGCAUAAACAGCCAUGCUCACUCCGCUUCAGAUCCCGACCUCGACUCUCUAAACGAGCUUAUUCGCUAGAAUACAUGAAGCCUUCGGUCGUGAUUUCAACAGGUGCAAGCGCAAACUCGGAUUUCACUAAGGCCACUCCAGAUGGGGCAGGCAGGUGGUCAGAUCUACACAUUUGGAAGCAGAGAUAAAUAUAUGCAGCCUUCCGUUGCACUUCUCUGCAUAGUGUUUAUAGCUUUGUCACGGUUGAAACUGAGGCCUCAAUUAUUGUUGCAAAUCUAGGACCCAAAUUUAGGAACCAGAAAAUGCGGAGCAUACUGUGGCAUGCAAACAUCGUGCCUAACAUUGUACGAUACACAUAGACUUAAGUGUAGAAUUAGAUCGCAGAUGGUGCUGGUGAGAGUAUCGAUGACCAGCUUCGAGCCCCCAAGUGACAGACAAGUCAGCCCUUUCGUCCUUCUUAUGAACAGGUCCUGAAAGGAGCAGGCUUACAGCCCACGCAAGUAGAUUUGUGUAUAAAAUUCUUUAGAUACAUUCACCUCUCUCGACAAUCUCGACCACUCGACAUUUUAGUAUCACGUACUGCAGUGCAGUGCUGACGAGAAAAAGUAGGAUUAUUCAAAUACACUACUGUACUUAUAAGAUGAACGGACACAUAUACCUGCCUUGUGACAGUUUUGAGUCCUCUCUCUGUGGUCAUUGCCGGCAUGUUCUGGCAUUAAGGCAGCGCCGAUACUCAACUUCGGCCAUCUGAGGAAAGCCUGGGCUUGCCAACUUUUCCAAUGAAGCAGCCCUUCGAGUGCAGCAUACAGAAUUUCUCCAAAUCACACUGCACUCCUGAGUAAGCCCAACUUCGAGCUUGAAUGACAG